UCAAACUGUUCUGCGAUAUUUACUAUAGAAAUGAAGAGAGGACAUUUUCGAUCCGUAGGUUAGCAACCAAUAUAAAGAUUUUGUCGAGAAGUUACUUUAGGAAGCAUUAUGACGGAGGGAAAAAGGGCUUCAGCUCUCACUAGAAUAUCGACUGCUCUGUUUUAUGGCGUUUGCUCUUUUUUGAUCGUGGUAAUCAACAAAACUGUUUUGACAACUUACAAGUAAGUUUAUUAAUUUCUUAUGUAAAAUGAUUAUUCCUGAAUGAGUGCUCAGAUGUAAGCUUCGAAAUGUCGGCACGGCUAAAUUUUCCUGUUGUAUUUUAUAGGUUUCCAUCGUUCCAGUUUCUCGGAAUUGGACAGGUAACGUAGCCGCGUGUACGUGGCGCUAAUAGGCCAUGAAUCUGGUUUCUUGUUUAGUUAGAAUCUGAUUUGUUGUUGCUGUCGGUUCCAUAAAUCAUUUUCUCUUGGGGCACGACCGUUUUAAGAACUUAUCAAUGUAUACAUCUAGACUGUUUGAGACAUAGUGGUCUGAUGCUGUUUUGACUCUGAAUUUUUAAUCGUGUUUGCAUGAACAGUAGUUUUUACUCAGAUGCCCAAGACAGACCUCCUAUCGGAGUAAGACUGUUUGCUAUGUGUUUCAAGCAGCGCCACGUAACAUGAAUUAUUCGGCUUUGCGAUUCCUCCCCCAAAAAAUAAUAUUUAUAAUGACAUAAACAGUUCUUUUGAAAAUUUCAAAAAUUUUAAGACGUCAUAACUGUCCGUAAGAAACUUGUGAAUAAGUUGUCAAUAAAAACAUGCUUUGUAAAAAAUUAUCCACUCUUCAUACGUGUUUCGUAUGUUCUUUUCAUACUAGGAAAUAAGGCAAAUAUAAUAAUAUCUAUUGUUCUGUAUUUAAAUCAUAUUGAUUAAUGAUAUUACUGCAACUGUACAUUUUAUGAUAUAUAUUCCUCAUUCUUUAACCCUUCACACUGAUACAUCAGUAUGCAUAUUCUUCAUACUGAUCUUAUUACAUUUCUUUAGGUGCUGAAAGGAGAAUUUUUUUAACAAUCAAGAACCUUUUUAGUUGUUGAUCAUUUCCCCUAUUCUCAUGACCUUAAUGUUUGAUUCUGGGUGAUACUGUGGGGAGAAAUUAGAUGCUAGUCACUCUCAGGGGUUAAAGUAUUAUUUCAAAUUACCUGUACAUGUAAAUGUUAGUGGCCUUGUUUUCUUAACCCUUGAACUCCCAUGAGUGACCAAGACAGAAUUUCUCGUUUCAAUAUCCCUACAGUAUCAAGCAGAAAAGUGAUGAGAAUAAAGAGAAAUAUUGAUAAGGGCGUGAAAUUAAUUUUUUUUUUUAUUAGGGGAUUAUUAGUUGAUCCAAUAACAAAUUCUCAGAACUAAAUUCUAGGAAUUGUGUGGCAGUCACUUCCAAGAAUUACUGAUGAAAUCUUGUUAUUGAAAGGGUCAAACUCUUCCCUCCCCCUUCCUGUAACUCCACCAAGAACAAAUAAAUGAAUGAGUGAUGAAAUUGAACCAAACCAUUCAUGAUUUGAUCUUUUAUGCCCUAACAUCAGUAUGCAAAUUCUCCAUACUGUUCUCUCCAUAUUUUUUUUAAGUACUGGAGUAUUAGUUUAACAGUUGAAAGCUUUUUUAGUUGGUAAUCAUCAUGACCUGUACUCUCAUGACCUCUUUGUGUGUGAUUUGGGGCUGAUGUUCUAAGGAGAAGUUACAUGUAGAUGUUUCUCACUCUUUGGAGUUGAAGGGUUAAAUUUACCAUUGAUAGCCUGACCACCACAUUGAGCUCUUCUAAGAUCAGUGGUUGAGCAUCUGAACUGCAAAUACUGAGUUGGUAAAUCUUACAAGCAAGUUUAAUUGCCAUUGGAAGCAUUCAGAAAGGCCUUUCUGCUAUUUACUUACAAGUAUUACUGUCAGACUUAAAAAAGAACCUACCAUUGUUAUUUCUUAGGAAUUUCACUAAUGUAGAUAUUAUGAAUCAAGAAAAGAAUAAGGGUACAAUUUCACUAACCAUAUAAAUAAAUUUUAUUUUUAUUUUUCAUCAAUAGAUGUUUGCCACAGUUGUAGUCCUUUAUUGCCUGAAGUUAGGUGGUGUUGUUUCAUUUCCAGAUUAUUCAUUGUCAACUUUUCAAAAAGUAAGUUGUACAGUCACUUAGGUAUGUAGUUAUAAUGUUCAAUGAAUAUUUUCACCUCAUCAGUCAAUUUUUAUUGAGACCAAGUAAUGGAUUAACUUACUUGUUGACAUUCACAAAAUAGCGAUUGAAUUAACAAAUAGAUUCCAAGUUGCCAUGCUUCUGCUCAGUAAUAGAUCACAGACGACGUCAAAAUGUGGUAAGAACAAAAAAGUGGCUCACGAGGCGCAGCCGAGUGUGUCACUGAUGUUCUUACCACAUUUUGACGUCCUCUGUGAUCUAUUACUGAACAGACACACAGCAACUUGGAAUCUAUUUGUUUUAUAUAAUAAAGAAUUAAAAAAAGUUUUAAUGACGUCAUCUAUACAUCUGUCCUCCAAUAGAUCAUAAGUGAGAACCAAUCAAAACGCGUGCAUAACUGAGCUUAUUAUAUAAAUUUUGAUAUAAAUUAAUUUCAAAAUUUGUUUUUUGUGAUCUACACUUAAGAACAAAACCACAUUAUCUCACUGAAAACAGAAUACUUCCUUUGUUUAACUUAUAAAAUAAUCUAAAACACCAUUCAAAGUUUAACAAAGGGUAAAACAAUAGACUGCCUGAAAAUACUAAUGAGCUAGAUUUCUUUAGCAUGAGUUUUUUGAGUGCGUUUUGAAAAGUUGCAUGUGUGUGCGUGCUUUUUUACAUGUGUUUUGGGCCAAGUACCUCUGAGCUGUACUGAAGGCAGUGUAAUUUCUUUAUAAUAAGAAAUUAUUUUGUUAGGAUUAAAAAAAUGUAAAUGGUGAGUCAAUUGGUCUCAAUCAUGAAGUUUGAAUUAUUUUGAAUUUUGAAUUAAUUUCUUUUGCUUUGUUUGGGAAUAAUUCCAAAAUUGAAUUACACCAAUACAUCUCACGCACAUGGUAAUCCUCAUGUGGAUAAUUUUGAGGUUAAAUUAUUGUACAUCAGAUACAAGAAUGUCUAAAAUUGUCAUUUUCAAUGUAUAGGGGAUUUAUUUUCUUUUCUUUUUUUUUUUUUUACCAUUUACACAAUAUUUUCAGGUUUGGCCACUCCCAUUACUUUAUGUUGGCAAUCUUGUUUUUGGAUUAGGAAGCACUAAGAGACUCAAGUAAGUGGUUCCAGUGUUUUUUACAGUUUGUGUUAUAUGUGUGCUGGCAUGGUUGUCAGCAGCCCACUUAACUGAGGAAAUCAAGGAAGGAGUGAAUUUUCUCAGGAGAACAUGUUAUCAGAAUAUAUCAAAACUCAGUCCUUACUAACAGUUGAGGAGAAAGAACAACAAGAAUCAAUUAAAGGUAUAUUCUAUCUGAGCAACACCAAUUUGUAAGGACUACCCUCCCCACCCCCCUAAAAAAUAAACUAAAGGUAAUAUAACCAUUACAUGUAGUUGAGGGAAUUUUAGCUUUCAAAUCAUGGUAUGGUUGUGAAAGGGUUAAAAUAUCAUUUAAAUUAAUACUUUUGUUUUCCUUUUCCUUAAACUUACUAUGUAGGUUAAUUAAUAAAAUUGGAAUUUUAUCAUUUAGAUUAUAACUAUGCUAUAUUUUGUUUGUUUUUCAGCCUUCCCAUGUUUACUGUCCUGCGAAGGUUUUCCAUUUUGUUUACUAUGAUAGGAGAGGCAUGGCUGUUAGGGUGAGUAACACAUACAGGCUCACUUCACAGUGAAAGAACAUAAAAAAAAUGGUUGCACAAGAGAUCUUGCCUAUGGGCCAGACUGAAGCCUCCCCCAGUUUCUUUGAUAUGAAGUAGUGAGGAAUAUUCCUUUUCCCAUUCUGCCCUUUUUGACAGAAUGACUGGUACCCAUUCAUGCCUGGGACUGAGAGAGAGACACUGUAAGAAGUUAAGUGUCACGCCUUAGAACACAGCACACUGCCAUGAAACCUGAGACUGAUUUCAUGUAUUUUUCCUCUGCAUGAACUCCAUUGUGCACUGGUCUCAAAGUCAUAUUAGAUACAUGUAUGUAGUCUAGAUACUGAACACCAAAUAAAAGUUCUUUUACAUAUGACCUAAACUGACUGUAAUGAUUUUUAGGUCAAAGGCAACCUUUCAAGUGCAGGCUACAGUGUUCCUUAUGAUUUUUGGUGCCCUUAUGGCAGCAAGGUAAUCAAUGAAAAAUUUGUGUUGCUAAAAUUAUGAUUCAUAAAAUAAAAAUUUAGAUGGAAAGAAUGGUUAAAGUACAAUAGAUGUUGGACUUUUCAUGUUAGUAACAGCAUAACUAUGCUUCCGUCAUAUAUGUACCUGUAGAUGAUAACAAAAAAGAAAAUUGAACUCCACACAGUUACAUGUACCAGUAAUCAACCUUUUUCCUAUAUGCGUCAAUACAUGAGAAAAAUGGUUAACACAUGUUCAUAUGUUUUUUUCAACUGAUACAAGCUAGUGGCCAUGAGAUAGCAAUUUGGAAUGUGUUUUAUUUGUGUAUGCUGUUUUUUUUGUGAUGAUUAUGGGGAAGUUUUGGAUAACACUUGGGUAUUCAGAUUGCUGAUGUACAGUACUCUGAGUGUUCCUCUCCUUUUUUUGUUUUUUUUUGUUUUUGUAUUUUUCUCAUCAUGUCACAUUUAUAUAGAAUUGUAUAAUUUAUAUGCAUGGAAGUAACUGACACAUUGGAAGACAAUUCAAUUUUCAUGUAUAAAUUUACUUUCUGAAGCUGUUGAUGAAAGCCAACGUGUGGCUGUUGACCACAGUGCAUAUGAAAGUAAUGUAAUAUUUGACAAUCUGUACUUGAAAAGAUCACAAAGCCCUGAUGUUUAAUACAUAUUUUCUUGUUUCAGUGGUGAUCUUGCAUUUGAUGCCACUGGUUAUAUAUAUAUACUUAUCAAUGAUGUUCUCACUGCAGCAAAUGGUGAGUACGGUUACUGUCUAUAUUUUGUAUGUGCUAAAGGGGUUUUCUAUGCUACAUGUACAAGAACGGCACACACCACCUACUGCUAGGGCCUGGGUUACAUUCCUGCACUUGGCAUCACAUCUAGGUUGUGUUUGUUGUUGUAAUUGUUGUCCCUUCUCUGAGGGUUUUGCUCAGGCUCCUCAAGUUUUCCUGCCUCCUCUAAAACCAACUUUCAAAAUUUUAGUUAUGCUAGGAAACAAUGGACAUGAAGAGCCACCUCAUGAGAUGUCCACAGCUAAAUCCCCAUAACUAUUAUUAUUGGUUGAAAUUUAUGAUCAUAUAUUUAGAUAAAUUUAGUAUCAGUGAAAUUACUUCUAAUUCUCAUACACCAGGUGUUUUUGUCAAGAAAAAGUUAGAGUCAAAGGCAAGUGAUGUACAUGUGUUAAUUGCUACAAUAAAUGUAAAUUUUAGACCUUGGCUCUUGAAUGAUUGUAGUAGCCGCUAUCAAUUUAUAAGUGUGGAGAAUGUCUUGGUCGGAGAGUUUUUCAAGAAUUCUACUCUUUCUUUAUCAUUUAGCUUUUUUGUAUGGCCAGUUUUGAUUUACACUGUAUGGUGGAAGCCCAGAAAAUAUAUUUAAUAGUCUUACCCAGUUUCACAGAUCAUUAACCCUGGCUGGAGUUCAAACCUGAGAGAUGUAAUGAAUGCCUAAAGCUGCAGACCUUCUCUUUGCCCUGGUCCAUAAGAAUAAUUCCCACGUCCCCCCCUCCCCUCAAAAAAAUUUUAAAAAAUAGCGAAAACACUGUACAUGUCAAUAUAUAUAUAUUGUAUGAAUCACUGGGUGCCUGAAGGCUCUUGGUCUCAGAAAUCUGGGGUCUUCUGAGCAAGUUGUUCAAGUUCCUACUCAGGCAAAAGUUUUCACUUCUGGCAUUUACAUGUAAGCUCUGCAAAAGAAAAGUCUGCAUAAGCCAGUACCAAACAUCUUGACCUUGAGUUACUUGAUACUAUACAAUUAAAGUUGUAAAGGUGAACUAAUUACAGCCUAGCAGUACAUCAGAGAACAGCAUGGACUAGAGUUUUAUGACUGCAUGAUUAGUCAGUUUCAAUUUGAACAGCUUUUCUGUAUCAUUCAUGGAAAGAAACUUUUUUUGUACAUCUAGGAACUAGGAAAAUAUGGUUUAUUGUUUUACAAUGCCAUGUUUAUGCUGUUUCCAGCUUUCCUUAUUUCCUACUUUACUGGAGAAUUUGAUAAGGUAAGAUAAACCAUUACAUGAUUACUCAGUCACAAGGAGAUCUGUUUGCUUUGAUACCCUCAGUAGAACAUAAAUUAAAUUCAUCUGAGCCUCUGCUUAGUAAUAUAUUCCAUGUUGCCAUGGGUCUGUGCAGUAAUAGAUCACAGUUGUACAAACCAAAUUAAUAAGACUUCUGUUUGCCAGAUAACUGAUGUCAAACAGACACUAUAUGUAACUAUCAUCUGUUAACUAAUCUUAACACCGUAGGUAAUUUGUGUUAUACUCUGUAUCAUAAUUAUAUGGUAAUGAAAAGUCUAUAUAAACUUAAUCUACCCACAUAGUCUUUGUACUUACUUUGGAGGUUCUUAUGAGCCAGCAACUGCUUCUUGACAUGAUCAGUAAAUAAUUGAUGUAGACAGUAUUAUGACCUGAUUAAUUUUAUCUGCCUGGUAUUUUUAGGUUUUACAAUUUGAUAACUGGAAAGAUCCAAUAUUUCUUUUACACUUCAUUUCCUCUUGUAUUAUGGGGUAAGUAAACUAUUUUGUGUAAUGAUAUGUUCUGUGAUCACAACUCUCUUUACUUCAGCCAGCAAUUUUCCUCUGACAAUAAGUUUGAGUCAGGUCUUUCUACGAGAUUAAAAUUUUCCCUUUUUUUAUUUUUUUAUUUAUUUUUUUUCUUCCAAAUGAAAAUAAUGAACUGUCUUCAAAUGGUUAAUCGUUUGGACUUCCAUUUGGAUCAGAAAAAUUAAUUUCCAUCUAUUACAAUUAUUUAUCUGCCCAUUAAUUACUAAAUAACAUCUUGCCAAUCAUGCCUUUUGAUUUUUUGUGAAAAAGAUUACUUUUCCCAUAUCCUAAUUACCUUGGUUAUCAUUGAUAAUAAUUGAGAUGAACAUGUCUUGAGUGUGUACAAACAUCAUGAAAUCAUCUCUUGAACUGUUCUUGAUCCAAAUCUAGGUUUAUCUUGAUGUAUUCUAUAGUACUGUGUACUCAAGCAAAUUCUGCCCUCACUACCACAAUUGUUGGGUGUCUGAAGGUAAACUGCCAUAAAACAUCUGCUAGUAUAGAUGUUUUAAACACACUUAAUUGAUUCUCUUUUAACCCUUAGAACUGUGGGGGUGCAUAACACAUCGAAUGUCUUACAGUAUCACCCCCAAAUCAAACGUUAAGGAUACGAGAAUAUAGGAAACGAUUGCUGACUAAACAAGCUCUUGUUUCGAAAUUAAGAGAUCCUCGCAGCUAAGAACACUACUGAAACGAGUAGUUAAAAGUAGGACCUGAAAAAAAUUCAGACCCGUAUGGGAUUUGGACCCCUGACCUCUGCGAUACCGGUGCAGCACUCUGCCAACUGAGCUAACAAGUCAACUGGGAGCUGGUCAAUGUGUUGGGUCCAAAUAAAACAUCCAAGUUCACCUUUCAUCACUUGGAUGGUUUAUUUGGACCCAACACAUUGACCAGCUCCUAGUUGGCUUGUGAGCUCAGUUGGUAGAGCACUGCACCGGUAUCACAGAGGUCAUGGGUUCAAAUCCCAUACGAGCCUGAAUUUUUUUCAGGUCCUAUUUUCAACUACUCGUUUCAGUAGUGUUCUUAGCUGUGAGGAUCUCUUAAUUUCAUUUCUUCACCGCAGUGCAAAUAUAUGAAUUUCAUAUAUCUAAAAUCACCUUUUAAGCUCUUGAUUGUCAAACAAUUUGUCCUUGUUGGUGCCGUAGAGGUUAAGGGUUGCAUGUAAUUUAUGUGUGAGUGUGUGUGAAAUGUAACUGGAAAUGUUGUUCAGCAUCUCGUGAUGUGUUAUGAGUUCCAAGAUUACAUAGUAUGAUUAUUAUGUCUGUGUUGUCAAUGCAUCCAAUUUAAUGACGAGGAUAUUUUGUUCUUUCCAGAAUAUUUUAGUGACUUACUUGGGUAUGUUCCUUGGAGGAGAUUAUGUCUUUUCAGUGCGAAACUUUAUGGGGCUCAAUGUAAGGUGAGGGCAAAAAUUUACCAGUGAUAAAAUGGUUUUAGCAAGUUUUCAUGUAGACGUAUGACACUAAAUCACAGUAACACCAACAAUGCAAAUUGCUUGCUUCAUUUCUGUCAAUUGAUUAACUGACAGAAUUGUCAUGCAGAAAAUGUUCUAGCUGAUCUCAAUGCUGUAAGUGACUCAAUAAAGAUAUAUAUGAUUAGUUGAAAAUUAGCUGUCAGUAAAGUAUUCUUUUGUAGGAACGCACACUCUCCAAGUUUAUUACUAUCCUUGUUAAAGAGAGGAGAAGUACACUGUGGGUUAUCAAAGAAACAAACAAACAAAAACAAAAGAAUACAGGAAAAUAGAAAAAAAUAAUAAAAAAGAUAACUUAACCCAUAGGUUUGGAACAAACAAUAACAACAACAACAACCACAACAACAACCACAACAACAACAAAAGCAACAUAACAAAACAUGAAGACAUAAUUGAUUGUCUUCUUUUACCGACCAACAUUCAUCUAUAUGGUAGAGAUGAUUUAAUUACUUUUAAUCUACAUUUCCAAGAGUAUAUACUUAAAACAAAUGUCUGCUACUCUCCACGCAGUGUUUUUGGAAGUGUGGUCUAUUCAUACAUCACAUUCAGAGAAAAAGAGCCUCCCUCGACUCAAGGUACAACAGCCAGCAGUGAUGCAAAAAAGCAGACUGCCACUGCUUAAUGGCUAGAAACAGUGCUGCAACUUUUCUCUCAAUUUGACACACAUCUUACACGUCUUAUACAAGGCUUCAGUGUAAUAAAGUAUAGGACAUAUAGUUUGGUACGUGUGAAGUUCAGCUUCUGCAUCAAAGCCAUUGCAAAGCUGUUCCGGUGUUGAAAUUCGUGGCGUCGCUAAUUGGGAACAAUGGUGACUGGUCACAAAAUUAUGUGUUAUGGAUACGCGUAAAAGAUUGUACACUAGACGCCGAUUCGAUGACAUAUUUAUUUUGAAACAAAUUGGUGAUAAUUAUUACAAUUUGCUUCAUAUGUAAUCAUAAUUUAUAGUUCCCUUUUUGUUGGCCUGAAUUUUGAGACCUAGAAUCACAGGCAGAUCGCACUAUGGGUUUGAGGUUAAUAAUUGUAAAAAGACGCUUCAAACGUCUGAUGAAGGCUAAAAAAUAUCACAAAUGCGUCGAUCAACAUUUCAUUUAACUUUAUUGAGAUAUUCAGGCGGAGAUGCAAUUUAGAUAUGCAAUUUUCAGAGCUUUAUUUGUAACCCUCGUAGAUUUUGUUCGUCUCAUGUCAACAAUUAUUAACCACAAACACAUAGUGUGGUCUGCCUAUGCUAGAACUUGAUUAAAUUACGAGGGACUUUGCUCCAACAUAUUAUUUUUGGGUGAAAAUGGUUCAUGAAGUGAUUUUAGAUGUCACUUCCAACAUCUUAAAUAAUUUCAACCUGUAAAUAGUUUCCGUAUUUAAAUAGCCACCUAAGAGUGAAAGAAAAAAUUCCAUGCACAACCACAUCUCAUUAAUUUUAAAGCAAAUAUUGUCAUGUAUGAAGAUAAAAAAAUCACCGGUUAAUGAGCAACUAUUCCGUGGGCGUUUGUUGAAUAGGAGAUGAUAGAUAGCCAACAAGGCCCGUAGGGAUAAUUUGGCUGUUUUCAUCUCAUAUCCCACAAGUGGUGGUAUUUAAAAUGCCCCAAAAUAUAGAUAAAUCUUCCCAAAUUCAUUUUGUAAGAACAAACGGAAUGUUAUUAUGUACAAAAACACUUUGGGUUUAACUCGUCUUCAUAUGCGCACAUGGUAUAAUGGCUCAUAGCCCAUGAUGGUGAAGCCAAUGAAACCUCUUGAAUUUCAUAAUUAAUUGAUCCAAUUUUUAAUGACUUAUCAUAUUUUAUUGUAUUUUACAUCUGCAUCACGGAAUUGCUUUAAUCUCUGACGAUAGAGUAUACUUUUAUAUGUCAGGUUGAAAAUUACGCAGGAACUAAAUAAAUCUUAUCGUCCAACUACAUUAAGCAGAGCACAAGUAACGCGCGGGUCGAGAGCAAAAUCACCCGAUAUUGGACAGUAAAAACACCUGUUCUACCGGUCGGCUGCGCGUGUUACGCUUCUUUAUCUGCUUCGCUUUUAUACGCCUUAUAAGAAAUGCGCACAAAAUAAAGCAUUUGGAUGAUAAAUUACGUAUUAGAUAGGCCGGCUCCUCAAAAUACGACACACUCGUUCAAAACACUCAGCGUUGCUACACACCAAAGGUUCUUAUAAGAUAUGUACAGUUGUCUUGGACACAUUUGCAGAACGCAAUUUACUUCGAUGUGAGAAAAUUAUUACUUGUCAGUGGAUAACUUACGAGUAGAUAUGAAAUUAUUAUUACUUGUCAAUAGAUAACUAAUGACACUGUGUUAUGUUCUAAGAAUUCUUUUAGGCUCAUGGUGUCUAACCCCAACAGUUUACUAAAAGAAACUUUGUUUUAUAUUUCACGAGAUAAAAUGAUAUUUACCAUAUUUGAAAUCAAGAUUUAAGAUAUUACCCCAUCAUUAUUUAUGAAAGUGAGACAUGUGAUACUUUUCCUGCAAUUGUGGUUUGGGUUUGCCGGCCUAAGAAGCAAAUUGAGAUUAUUUGUGAUUUUAGUCCCAUCAAGAAGGGAAGAACAAUCAUUAAAUCUCCAUGUGCCAGAUUACAUGAUGAAUCCGAGGACUGGGUACAGAAUGCCUCAGAGGAAUCAUGGGUAGAUUGGUUUUUGGGGAAACAAGGGAAUACUCAAGUCUAAACUAAGUCAAAAAAAAUUCCCCACAGAAGAAAUCUGGAAGCAAAUCUUAUUUUUUGGUUAACCUGAUAUUAUAAUUAGUUUGACAAGUAUAUUUUUUGGGACAUAUAUAGUUAACAUAAUUUUAUGGGUAUUCCUUGAAAUACAGAGAAAAAAUUAAGUAUUGGGAAAAUCUGGUCUGUUCAAACUACUGAUAGUAGGGUGUUAUUGCCAAAAUCAUUAAAAUGCGGCAUUUGCUAACAGUUGGCGUUUGACAUUUCUAACUUAACGUACAGACAAGGGUGACUUACAUUUCAUACAUGUAAUAACUGCACACACCCGAUUGCAAAGUCAUU